AUGGCCGAUCAAACUCCCCAUCAGCAGAAACCAAUACACUCGCUCAUCCUCGACACUGGCCCUCUUAUCAAAAACGCUGUCGCCAUCUCCACCAUCAUCAACUCCGCUGAGGAACUUUACACCACCCCCGCCAUCCUUUCCGAGAUCCGCGAUGAAGCCACUAGAUCACGUGUACAGACUACGUUGGUACCUUUUCUGAAGAUCAGGAGCCCGGCUCCAGCGAGCUACGAUGCGGUGAUUGCAUUCAGCAAGAAGACCGGCGAUUAUGCAGUGCUAAGUAGACAGGAUCUGGGGAUUUUGGCUUUGGCGUAUGAGAUUCACUGUGAGAGGAACGGAGGAAAUUACGGGUUGAGAGAGGCGCCGAAACAGCCGGUUAGAAGAAGGCCAGACCAAGACCAAAAAGAGGUGGAGGUCAAAGAGGGAGCGCCCGAGCCAGAGGCUGUUGAGCCAUCAGAGACCGACGAGGGCUGGUCGCAACCUCGCGGCAAGCGAGUCACUAAAGCCAGAACGGCGAAGCCAACUCAAUUUAAAUUCACCGAGAAACUAGCGGCUGCAGGGAGUGAUACCCAGCAAGAGGAGCAGACUGAGGGGCAAGGCGGGGUUGCAGUUACACCAACGCAGAUUCUCGAGCAAGAGUCGCCUGCAGUAAGCAGAGACGUGAUUGCAGAUGUACACACCGAAGAUCAGAAAGAGGAACCCCUCACACAAGAGAACAUAGCAGAGGAGCAACAAAUAACGCCUUCCGAGCAGAGGUGUGUCGAAUUAGCAGCUGCUGAUGAAGCUUCAGAGCCCAUAUCAGUAGCCGCACAAGAGGCCUCAGAAACCUCGCCAAACCCCGUCAAAGAGGCCUCCGAUUCUCUUGCAAGUACAGAAGACAACUUGCAUGGUCUAUCGAACCUCACUAUCUCCUCUCCUCCGUAUUCAUCCCAACAGCCUACACCUCCCGCUACCGACUCUUCCGACUCCGACUCCGACAGUGACGGUGACUGGAUCACGCCCUCCAAUCUCCCCUCUCACCAAGCCAAAGAUUCUGGUAUCGAAUCCACCACGCGCACAGCGGCCGCACAACAACUAGACGUUGCAACCAUGACCAUUGAUUUCGCUAUGCAAAACGUGCUGCUUCAAAUGAACUUGACGCUACUAUCCACGAACAUGCAGCGCAUCAAGCAUCUCGCAACAAAGGUGCUACGCUGUCACGCAUGCUUCAACAUCGUCAAGCAAAUGGAUAAGCAGUUUUGCCCUCGCUGCGGUCAAUCUACCCUUCAACGUGUAUCCUGCUCUACAAAUGCCAAGGGUGAGUUUAAGGUACACCUGAGUAAGAAUUACCAAUGGAACAAGAGGGGGGAUAAAUACAGCGUUCCCAAGCCAAUUGCUGGUACUGCCAACACUAAGUGGAGUGGUCUAGGCGGAGGCAAAGGCGGUUGGGGGCGUGACCUCAUCCUAGCCGAGGACCAGAAGGAGUACCAGAAGCAGGUCGACCAGGAUAAGCGUACCAAGACUAGAGAUUUGAUGGACCAGGACUACUUGCCUGGUAUUCUGACAGGGGAUAGGGGCAGAGCAGGUGGACGGCCAAAGGUUGGUGCGGGCAGGAAUGUAAACUCGAAAAAGAGGGUUUGA